GACAAAAAGCGAUCCCCGCCUUCGGACAGUCCCCCGGCCGCCCCACACCCUACUCACAGAGCCACAGCGGAGGAGCAGGAGAGCCCGGAACGAAUAGUGCAGAAGGAGAAGCUGCAUGCUGAGCUGAAGCAGGUUCUGCGCCUGAAACGAAACCAGCUAAGAGAGGCGUCUGAAGGCAGCAUGGAUCCACCAACGCAGGGCACUGGAUCCCAGGAACUGGUGGAGGUUGUCGUGGAGACGGAGGCGGAGGCUGGGGCCAGUGGCUACAGCGUGACAGGAGGGGGGCAGAGGGGCAUUUUUGUGAAAGAAGUGCUGAAAGACUCACUUGCAGCCAAACACCUGAGUCUGCAGAAAGGGGAUCAGUUACUGAGUGCCAGAGUGUACUUUGACAACGUGAAGUACGAGGAUGCUCUGAAGAUCCUACAAUGUGCGGAACCAUACAAGGUUUCCUUCUUACUGAAGAGGACAGUAGCAGGCACUGAUGUUGCUGUAUCUCCGGGCACUGCCAACCUUGAGCUGAAAGGACCCAAACCCAAGAUGCCUAAAAUGAGCGUCAAGAGCAUCAAGCCCUUCAAGGUGAAGAAAAAAAGAGGUGGUAGAUUUGGCUUGAAGAGACUGAAAGAAAACAAGAAAGCAAGCGCUGGAUCAGAGUUGGAGGCAGAGGGUUUCCCAGCCAAGACAGAGCUCAGUCCUGUGGAUGUGGAGUUUGCCUUCCCCAAAUUCAACAAGUUGAAGAAGGGUGGGAAGGCCUCAGCAGAAGGAGGGCUGAAACUGUCCGAGCCAGAGUUGUCAGGAGGAUUGUUAACUGCAGGCAGGAAGAAGAGGAAGAUUAGGUUCCCCAGAAUGAGGAUGAAGGAUAGUGCUGGUGUGGAUGCCUCAGAGGGGCAGGUGGAUGUUACAGUACCAGAGGGCGGGAUUAGGCUGGAAGAGCCUAUAAGCAAUGUCAAAGCCAGAGGGAAGGCCCCAAAGUUUGGGAUCACCUUUCCAAAAACCAAGAAAACCAAAGUGGACUUAAUUUCACCAGAGGGGAACAUAGAGCCACCCGAAGGUAAAUUUAGGCCACCUUCAGUAGAAUUUGGUUUUCCAUCUGGAAGAAAGGACGCAGACUUGCCUGAUAAGGAAGUGAAGGAAAAAGAAGGGUUGAGGUUCAAACCUCCUGAAGUUGAAUUUUCUUUAGGGCUGCCCACUGGAAAAGGAGAAGCAAGCUUACCUCACUCUAAAAUGGAAGGCAAGGGCAAAGGAGAGAUCAAAGGACCUAAAGUGGACAUCAAGGGAGACAAAUUUCACAUGCCGAGUGUUGAUAUUACACUUCCAAAAGGAAAAACUUCAGAGACAGAAUUUGAUGUUGAAGGCCGUGGUGGCAAAGGGGGUACAUUUCAGAUGCCCACAUUUGAUAUUUCUCUUCCCAAAAUCACGGCACCAGAUGCAGACAUUGGCUUUGAGGGGCCUGACAUCAAAGGUGGCAAGGUGCACAUGCCCAAAAUUGAUAUUUCACUUCCAAAAGGAAAAACGCCAGGAGCCGAAAUUGAUGUUGAAGGACAUGGGGGCAAAGGAGGCAAAAUUCAAAUGCCCACACUUGAUAUUUCUCUUCCCAAAAUCAAAGCACCAGAUGCAGACAUUGGCUUUGAGGGCCCUGACAUCAAAGGUGGCAAAAUGCACAUGCCCAAAAUUGAUAUUUCACUUCCAAAAGGAAAAACGCCAGGAGCCGAAAUUGAUGUUGAAGGACAUGGGGGCAAAGGAGGCAAAAUUCAAAUGCCCACACUUGAUAUUUCCCUUCCCAAAAUCAAGGCACCAGAUGCAGACAUUGGCUUUGAGGGCCCUGACAUAAAAGGUGGCAAGAUGCACAUGCCCAAAAUUGAUAUUUCACUUCCAAAAGGAAAAACACCAGAAGCCACAAUUGAUGUUGAUGGACUUGGGGGCAAAGGAGGCAAAUUUCAAAUGCCCACAUUUGAUGUUUCUCUUCCCAAAAUCAAGUCACCAGAUGUAGACAUUGACAUGAAAGGACCUGACAUCAAAGGUGGCAAGAUGCACAUGCCCAAAAUUGACCUUUCACUUCCAAAAGGAAAAACGCCAGGAGCCGAAAUUGAUGUUGAAGGACAUGGGGGCAAAGGAGGCAAAAUUCAAAUGCCCACACUUGAUAUUUCCCUUCCCAAAAUCAAGGCACCAGAUGCAGACAUUGGCUUUGAGGGCCCUGACAUCAAAGGUGGCAAAAUGCACAUGCCCAAAAUUGAUAUUUCACUUCCAAAAGGAAAAAUGCCAGGAGGUGAAGUUGAUGUUGAAGGACUUGGGGGCAAAGAAGGCAAAUUUCAAAUGCCCACACUUGAUAUUUCCCUUCCCAAAAUCAAGGCACCAGAUGUAGACAUUGACAUGAAAGGACCUGACAUCAAAGGUGGCAAGAUGCACAUGCCCAAAGUUGAUAUUUCACUUCCAAAAGGGAAAACACCAGGAGCUGAAAUUGAUGUUGAAGGUCAUGGGGGCAAAGGAGGCAAAUUUCAAAUGCCCACAUUUGAUGUUUCUCUUCCCAAAAUCAAGGCACCAGAUGUAGACAUUGACAUGAAAGGACCUGACAUCAAAGGUGGCAAGAUGCACAUGCCCAAAAUUGACCUUUCACUUCCAAAAGGAAAAAUGCCAGGAGCCGAAAUUGAUGUUGAAGGACAUGGGGGCAAAGGAGGCAAAAUUCAGAUGCCCACAUUUGAUAUUUCCCUUCCCAAAAUCAAGGCACCAGAUGCAGACAUUGGCUUUGAGGGCCCUGACAUCAAAGGUGGCAAGAUGCACAUGCCCAAAAUUGAUAUUUCACUUCCAAAAGGAAAAAUGCCAGAAGGUGAAGUUGAUGUCGAAGGCCAUGGUGGUAAAGGGGGUAAAUUUCAAAUGCCCACAUUUGAUAUUUCCCUUCCCAAAAUUAAGGCACCAGAUGUAGACAUUGACAUGAAAGGGCCUGACAUCAAAGGUGGCAAGAUGCACAUGCCCAAAAUUGACCUUUCACUUCCAAAAGGAAAAAUGCCAGAAGGUGAAGUUGAUGUUGAAGGACUUGGGGGCAAAGGAGGCAAAUUUCAAAUGCCCACAUUUGAUAUUUCUCUUCCAAAAAUUAAGGCACCAGAUGCAGACAUUGACUUUGAGGGGCCUGACAUCAAAGGUGGCAAGAUGCACAUGCCCAAAAUUGACCUUUCACUUCCAAAAGGAAAAAUGCCAGAAGGUGAAGUUGAUAUUGAAGGUCAUGGUGGUAAAGGGGGUAAAUUUCAAAUGCCCACAUUUGAUAUUUCCCUUCCCAAAAUCAAGGCACCAGAUGUAGACAUUGACGUGAAAGGACCUGACAUCAAAGGUGGCAAGAUGCACAUGCCCAAAAUUGACCUUUCACUUCCAAAAGGAAAAAUGCCAGAAGGUGAAGUUGAUGUUGAAGGCCAUGGUGGUAAAGGGGGUAAAUUCAAAAUGCCCACACUUGAUAUUUCCCUUCCCAAAAUCAAGGCACCAGAUGUAGACAUUGACAUGAAAGGACCUGACAUCAAAGGUGGCAAGAUGCACAUGCCCGAAGUUGAUAUUUCACUUCCAAAAGGAAAAACACCAGAAGGCAAAAUUGAUGUUGAAGGACAUGGGGGCAAAGGAGGCAAAUUUCAAAUGCCCACAUUUGAUAUUUCCCUUCCCAAAAUCAAGGCACCAGAUGUAGACAUUGACAUGAAAGGACCUGACAUGAAAGGUGGCAAGAUGCACAUGCCCAAAAUUGACCUUUCACUUCCAAAAGGAAAAAUGCCAGAAGGUGAAGUUGAUGUUGAAGGCCAUGGUGGUAAAGGGGGUAAAUUUCAAAUGCCCACAUUUGAUGUUUCCCUUCCCAAAAUCAAGGCACCAGAUGUAGACAUUGACAUGAAAGGACCUGACAUCAAAGGUGGCAAGAUGCACAUGCCCAAAGUUGAUAUUUCACUUCCAAGAGGAAAAAUGCCAGAAGCCGAAAUUGAUGUUGAAGGACUUGGGGGCAAAGGAGGCAAAUUUCAAAUGCCCACAUUUGAUGUUUCUCUUCCCAAAAUCAAGGCACCAGAUGUAGACAUUGACAUGAAAGGACCUGACAUCAAAGGUGGCAAGAUGCACAUGCCCAAAGUUGAUAUUUCACUUCCAAAAGGGAAAACACCAGGAGCCGAAAUUGAUGUUGAAGGUCAUGGGGGCAAAGGAGGCAAAUUUCAAAUGCCCACAUUUGAUGUUUCUCUUCCCAAAAUCAAGGCACCAGAUGUAGACAUUGACAUGAAAGCACCUGACAUAAAAGGUGGCAAGAUGCACAUGCCCAAAGUUGACCUUUCCCUUCCAAAAGGAAAAACACCAGAAGCCGAAAUUGAUGUUGAAGGACUUGGGGGCAAAGGAGGCAAAUUUCAAAUGCCCACAUUUGAUAUCUCCCUUCCCAAAAUCAAGGCACCAGAUGUAGACAUUGACAUGAAAGGACCUGACAUCAAAGGUGGCAAGAUGCACAUGCCCAAAAUUGACCUUUCACUUCCAAAAGGAAAAAUGCCAGAAGGUGAAGUUGAUGUUGAAGGUCAUGGUGGUAAAGGGGGUAAAUUUCAAAUGCCCACAUUUGAUAUCUCCCUUCCCAAAAUCAAAGCACCAGAUGUAGACAUUGACAUGAAAGGACCUGACAUCAAAGGUGGCAAGAUGCACAUGCCCAAAAUUGACCUUUCACUUCCAAAAGGAAAAAUGCCAGGAGCCGAAAUUGAUGUUGAAGGACAUGGGGGCAAAGGAGGCAAAAUUCAAAUGCCCACAUUUGAUAUUUCUCUUCCCAAAAUCAAGGCACCAGAUGCAGACAUUGGCUUUGAGGGCCCUGACAUAAAAGGUGGCAAGAUGCACAUGCCCAAAAUUGAUAUUUCACUUCCAAAAGUAAAAAUGCCAGAAGGUGAAGUUGAUGUUGAAGUACCUGGGGGCAAAGGAGGCAAAUUUCAAAUGCCCACAUUUGAUAUUUCUCUUCCAAAAAUUAAGGCACCAGAUGCAGACAUUGACUUUGAGGGGCCUGACAUCAAAGGUGGCAAGAUGCACAUGCCCAAAAUUGACCUUUCACUUCCAAAAGGAAAAAUGCCAGAAGGUGAAGUUGAUGUUGAAGGCCAUGGUGGUAAAGGGGGUAAAUUUCAAAUGCCCACAUUUGAUAUUUCCCUUCCCAAAAUCAAGGCACCAGACGUAGACAUUGACAUGAAAGGACCUGACAUCAAAGGUGGCAAGAUGCACAUGCCCGAAGUUGAUAUUUCACUUCCAAAAGGAAAAACGCCAGGAGCCAAAAUUGAUGUUGAAGGACAUGGGGGCAAAGGAGGCAAAUUUCAAAUGCCCACAUUUGAUAUUUCCCUUCCCAAAUUCAAGGCACCAGAUGUAGACAUUGGCAUGAAAGGACCUGACAUCAAAGGCGGCCAGAUGCACAUGCCCGAAGUUGAUAUUUCACUUCCAAAAGGAAAAACACCAGAAGCCGAAAUUGAUGUUGAAGGACUUGGGGGCAAAGGAGGCAAAUUUCAGAUGCCCACAUUUGAUAUUUCCCUUCCCACAAUCAAGGCACCAGAUGUAGACAUUGACAUGAAAAGACCUGACAUCAAAGGUGGCAAGAUGCACAUGCCCAAAAUUGACCUUUCACUUCCAAAAGGAAAAAUGCCAGAAGGUGAAAUUGAAGUUGAAGGCCAUGGUGGUAAAGGGGGUAAAUUUCAAAUGCCCACAUUUGAUAUUUCCCUUCCCAAAAUCAAGGCACCAGACGUAGACAUUGACAUGAAAGGACCUGACAUCAAAGGUGGCAAGAUGCACAUGCCCGAAGUUGAUAUUUCACUUCCAAAAGGAAAAACGCCAGGAGCCAAAAUUGAUGUUGAAGGACAUGGGGGCAAAGGAGGCAAAUUUCAAAUGCCCACAUUUGAUAUUUCCCUUCCCAAAUUCAAGGCACCAGAUGUAGACAUUGGCAUGAAAGGACCUGACAUCAAAGGUGGCAAGAUGCACAUGCCCGAAGUUGAUAUUUCACUUCCAAAAGGAAAAACACCAGAAGCCGAAAUUGAUGUUGAAGGACUUGGGGGCAAAGGAGGCAAAUUUCAGAUGCCCACAUUUGAUAUUUCCCUUCCCAAAAUCAAGGCACCAGAUGUAGACAUUGACAUGAAAAGACCUGACAUCAAAGGUGGCAAGAUGCACAUGCCCAAAAUUGACCUUUCACUUCCAAAAGGAAAAAUGCCAGAAGGUGAAGUUGAUGUUGAAGGUCAUGGUGGUAAAGGGGGUAAAUUUCAAAUGCCCACAUUUGAUGUUUCCCUUCCCAAAAUCAAGGCACCAGAUGUAGACAUUGACAUGAAAGGACCUGACAUCAAAGGUGGCAAGAUGCACAUGCCCAAAGUUGAUAUUUCACUUCCAAAAGGAAAAAUGCCAGGAGCCGAAUUUGAUGUUGAAGGACAUGGGGGCAAAGGAGGCAAAUUUCAAAUGCCCACAUUUGAUAUUUCCCUUCCCAAAAUCAAGGCACCAGAUGUAGACAUUGGCAUGAAAGGACCUGACUUCAAAGGUGGCAAGAUGCACAUGCCCGAAGUUGAUAUUUCACUUCCAAAAGGAAAAACACCAGAAGCCGAAAUUGAUGUUGAAGGACUUGGGGGCAAAGGAGGCAAAUUUCAGAUGCCCACAUUUGAUAUUUCUCUUCCAAAAAUCAAGGCACCAGAUGCAGACAUUGGCUUUGAGGGACCUCACAUCAAAGGUGGCAAGAUGCACAUGCCCAAAAUUGACCUUUCACUUCCAAAAGGAAAAAUGCCAGAAGGUGAAGUUGAUGUUGAAGGUCAUGGUGGUAAAGGGGGUAAAUUUCAAAUGCCCACAUUUGAUGUUUCCCUUCCCAAAAUCAAGGCACCAGAUAUAGACAUUGACAUGAAAGGACCUGACAUCAAAGGUGGCAAGAUGCACAUGCCCAAAGUUGAUAUUUCACUUCCAAAAGGAAAAACGCCAGGAGCCGAAUUUGAUGUUGAAGGACAUGGGGGCAAAGGAGGCAAAUUUCAAAUGCCCACAUUUGAUAUUUCCCUUCCCAAAAUCAAGGCACCAGAUGUAGACAUUGGCAUGAAAGGACCUGACUUCAAAGGUGGCAAGAUGCACAUGCCCGAAGUUGAUAUUUCACUUCCAAAAGGAAAAACACCAGAAGCCGAAAUUGAUGUUGAAGGACUUGGGGGCAAAGGAGGCAAAUUUCAGAUGCCCACAUUUGAUAUUUCUCUUCCAAAAAUCAAGGCACCAGAUGCAGACAUUGGCUUUGAAGGACCUCACAUCAAAGGUGGCAAGAUGCACAUGCCCAAAAUUGACCUUUCACUUCCAAAAGGAAAAAUGCCAGAAAGUGAAGUUGAUGUUGAAGGUCAUGGUGGUAAAGGGGGUACAUUUCAAAUGCCCACAUUUGAUAUUUCUCUUCCCAAAAUCAAGGCACCAGAUGUAGACAUUGACAUGAAAGGACCUGACAUCAAAGGUGGCAAGAUGCACAUGCCCAAAGUUGAUAUUUCACUUCCAAGAGGAAAAAUGCCAGAAGGUGAAGUUGAUGUUGAAGGUCAUGGUGGUAAAGGGGGUAAAUUUCACAUGCCCACAUUUGAUAUUUCCCUUCCCAAAAUCAAGGCACCAGAUGUAGACAUUGACAUGAAAGGACCUGACAUCAAAGGUGGCAAGAUGCACAUGCCCAAAAUUGACCUUUCACUUCCAAAAGGAAAAAUGCCAGAAGGUGAAGUUGAUGUUGAAGGUCAUGGUGGUAAAGGGGGUAAAUUUCAAAUGCCCACAUUUGAUAUCUCCCUUCCCAAAAUCAAGGCACCAGAUGUAGACAUUGACAUGAAAGGACCUGACAUCAAAGGUGGCAAGAUGCACAUGCCCAAAGUUGAUAUUUCACUUCCAAAAGGAAAAAUGCCAGAAGGUGAAGUUGAUUUUGAAGGCCAUGGUGGUAAAGGGGGUAAAUUUCAAAUGCCCACAUUUGAUAUCUCCCUUCCCAAAAUCAAGGCACCAGAUGUAGACAUUGACAUGAAAGGACCUGACAUCAAAGGUGGCAAGAUGCACAUGCCCAAAAUUGACCUUUCACUUCCAAAAGGAAAAAUGCCAGAAGGUGAAGUUGAUGUUGAAGGUCAUGGUGGUAAAGGGGGUAAAUUUCAAAUGCCCACAUUUGAUAUUUCCCUUCCCAAAAUCAAGGCACCAGAUGUAGACAUUGACAUGAAAGGACCUGACAUCAAAGGUGGCAAGAUGCACAUGCCCAAAAUUGAUCUUUCACUUCCAAAAGGAAAAAUGCCAGAAGGUGAAAUUGAUGUUGAUGGCCAUGGUGGUAAAGGGGGUAAAUUUCAAAUGCCCACAUUUGAUAUUUCUCUUCCCAAAAUCAAGUCACCAGAUUUAGACAUUGACUUGGAGCGACCUGACAUCAAAGGCGUCAAGAUUCACAUGGGGGAUAAGGACACAACUGAUGCAAGACUUAGCGUUCCAUCUGUUAAGAUGCCGACGAUUGAUAUUGAUAUGCCAAAGUUCAACCUUGAUUUAAGCCUGCCAAAAGGCAAACAAGAUGCAAGCCUGGAAAAGGGAUUGAGUGCCUCCCAACCAUUGGGUCAUUUUGACAUUCCUGACAUUGAUCUAAAAAUGCCUCAUAUCUCCAUGCCAGAUUUUGGAUUUAAAGGCAAAGACACGCAGGUGGAAGAUGACCUCAAGCUCAAAGGAGAUUUGAAAUUUCCAAAAGGCCCAAGUCUUGAAAUUAACAUGCCAAAACUUCCCAAAUUUGGAAAUGAAAAUGAAAUUAGGCUCAGAUCUCCAGAACUUGACAUUGAAAGUCCAGACUUGGAUUUAAAGGAUUCUCACAAAGGGAAGAUCACAUUACAAGGACCUAAUGUAGACAUUGAUGGUGCUGGUAGAAAUUUCAAGAUACCCACUGUGAAACUUCCAACAGUAGACAUAACUGCCCCUAAAGUUAACCUGGAUUUUGGAUUAUCUAAAUCUAAAGGUGAUGACAGGGAAGAGAUAGAAUUGCUAAAAGCUGAAGGCAGCAGGCCCUCUUCUGGAGCAAGUUUUGAAGUUCCAGAUGUCUCCCUAAAAAUGCCAAAGUUUUCUCUUCCCAAAUUUGGAGGCAAAUUGAAGAAAGGAGAUUUAGACAUAGAAGGUCAAGGUCCCAGAGCAGACAUUAGAAUUAGCCCUCCGCGGCUAGAAAGUGAAGUCAGAGAACCAUCAGCUGAAAUAGGGUCUGACGGAAAGGUAAAAGGUAGAGUUAAGAUGCCUAAAAUGAAAAUUCCAGGUUUUGGGAUAUUGAAGAAAGAGGGAGAAGCCACAAUUAGUGUACCAGAAGCUAAGCUCAAUGAAAAGGUGAAAAUUAAAAAGCCAGAGAUAGAUUUUGAAUUACCAGAGGAUAAAACAAAAUACAAAUUUAAAAGUAGCCUUCAAGCUCCAGAUGUCACGAUCAAAAUGCCGAAGUUCUCUAUGCCUAAAUCUGGAAAUAAGGAAGGUGGCCUUGAUAUAUGUGCACCUGAUGCAGAAUUGGACACCAAAGGGAAGGUAAAAAUGCCAUCUGUUGAGAUUUCCCUGCCAACAACAAAGCUACCCGAGGGUGAGGUUUUACUCCCGAAAGCUGAAGUAGAUGUGUCUGAAGCUGAUAUUAAAGGUUAUGAAGGUCAUCUGAAAAUCCCCAAAAUGCCCACUAUUGACAUAUCAGUCCCAAAAAUUGAUCUUGAUGUAGCCCUUCCCAAAACACAUGGCACUGAAGCUGAAAGAGGAUUUAAUGAACCUGACUUCAAGCUGAAGAUGCCCAAAGUCACUUUACCUACAGUCAGCAUCUCUGGAUCCAAAGAAAAUAAUUUUGAAAAGGAUAUCAAAAUAAAAGGUCCAAAAAUAGAUGUCUCAAAACCAAAGGUUUCAACUGAUGUGCUAAAUGUAAAUAUUGAGGGCAAUGAAAGUAAACUCAAGAUGCCUAAAAUUAAACUGCCAACAAUAGACAUAUCAGUUCCAAAAGGACAAGCUGGAGAUAUUAAUGUUCCAGAUGUUGAUGCUGAGAGUGAUGGGGGUAAAUUUAAGAUGCCAAAAAUGAAAAUACCAGAGGUAGAUAUAUCAGUUCCAAAAAGACUAUCUGGAGAUAUUGAUGCUCCAAGCAUGGAUGCUGAGGCAGAUGGCGGCAAAUUUAAGAUGCCAAAAAUUAAAAUGCCAGAUGUAGAUAUAUCAGUCCCAAAAAGACACUCUGGAAAUAUUGAUUUUCCAAGCAUUGAAGGUGGUGGAGAUGGUGGCAAAUUUAAGAUGCCAAAAAUUAAAAUGCCAGAGGUAGAUAUAUCAGUUCCAAAAAGACAAUCUGGACAUAUUAAUGUUCCAGACAUGGAAGUUGAGGGAGAUGGAGGCAAAUUUACAAUGCCUACAUUUAAAACGCCAAAGGUAGAUAUAUCCGUUCCAAAAGGAAAGCUUCUUGAUACUGAUGGAUCGGGUGAACUUCAGAUUGACUUAGCAAAAGGGAAGGCAGAACAUCAAGGCAUAAAAAUGCCAUUGAUAGACAUAAAGGGUCCAAAAGGCAAUCUAGAGUUAGACAUAAACUUACCAAAAGCUGAUGGAGGAAAACAAAGGAAAAAGAUUGAACUGCCUGAUUUAGACAUGGACACAUCUACCAGCCAUGGUAAAAUAAAAGGUCCAAAGAUUAAAGGUACGAAGUUUAAAAUUGGAAUGCCAAAGAUGAAGGCUGCUGAGAGUCCUGGAGAAGAUUUUGAUAAGGAAGGCAGGGAAGCUAAAUUCCAAAUGCCACAAAUUAAUCUUCCAGAUGUGGGUUUUUCUACACCUAAAGCUGAAAUACAUGGUCCAGAAAUAAGCGGGAAAUUGCCCAAAUUCAAAGUACCUGAUUUGGAGAUCUCAGGUCCUAAGAUAAAAGGAGAGACUGACAUGAAAGGUACAGAUAUUGACCUGGGCCCUCUAGAGGAUAAAGAACGGAUUAGGCUUCAAAUGCCCAAAAUCUCCUUGCCAACUGUGGGGUUCAAAGAUAAAUCUGGCUCAACUGAAUUGAUAGCCCCUAAUUCUGAUUCAGAGGAUGGGAUUUCAUUUCCAAAACUUGAAAUUAUGACCCCAAAGAUUUUAGACUUUGACAUCAGGCCCUCACAAGUUGAAGAUGAAGAUACAGAUGGUGAUGCGGACAAGAAAAAUAAAAUUAAAAUACCAAAGUUUGGGGUUGCUCUGCCUACCAUCACAGGACCUGAGGCAACAGCGAAUAUCAAAGUGCCAGAUACAAAAGUAAAAGGACCUGUUGUUAAAAUGAAAGUACCUGAAAAUGAAAAUGAAUAUGAAGGUCCUAAAAUGCCAAAAGUGAAGAAAGCAGUAUUUGUUUUGGUAAACCCAAACACAGAUGAGUCUGAUAUAUCUGUAAGCUUUCCAGAAGAAAUGAGAGUGCCAAAGAUCAAAAUGAAGCCAAGUUUUGAAAAAUCACGCUCAAAGGACAAAGCCAUGAUUGGAGAGGAAGAUGAGGAUGGGAAGUCAAAGGGAGGCAAAAUAAAAAUGCCAAAAGUAACCUUCUCUUCAGGAAAGACUGGCUCUUUUGAUGUGGCUGCUGGACCCAGUGUCAAUGGUGAGAAAGAUGUUGCAUUCCAGAAUGGAUCCAAGGAAGACAAAACCAAAUUUGGGAAGCUCAAGCUCCCCAAGAUUGAGUUCACCUCCCCGUACUCCAGAAACAGCGGGGCAGAAGACGACACUGAGAUGAACAUGAAGCUAGUCAAAAAGGAUGAUUCCUUGGGAACUGAUGAGGAGCAAAAUGGAAGCAAGAACAAAUCAUCCACAAUUGCUUUACCCGGGUUCAAGAAAAAGGCAGGGAAAAAUGAGGAGGAGGAACCAGAUCAAGUGGUGUCCUCCAAAGCCAGGAUGGAGAUGCUCCGAGACCGAGAAGGUUCAGAGUCACCUGUUCCCAAGAUCUCCAUUGGCUUUGUCUCUGGGAGACUAAAAGGGCAGGCGAAGGCUGAGCGCGCUGACGCGGAUGGAACGAGUGGAAGCAGGAGGGAGACUGAUAGCAAAAAGUCACCGCAGUUUAAGGUCCCCAAGUUCAGCUUGAGCCCUCUGUCCACAGGAAUCCUGCACAUCACUCCAGAAAGCUCACCCCAGGGGAGCAAAUCCUCCCUCCAGUGCUCUGGGGAAGAUGAAGCCUCCACAGGAAUCAGGAUACAGUUGCCCAGUGUGGGGUUCUCCUCCCCCCACACCUCUGAGGAACAGGCUGCCCCCACAUCUAAGAAAGGCACUGUGGCGGUGCUAACAAAAUCGUCCAAACACACAAAAAAGGAACCUGGGACUAGCCAAGCUGAAAGUUCACCUUCACGUUGGCAUUUCUGAAAAGAGAAUAUGAAGAAAUGAGCAAUAACAUGCUCUCAUUUUCUGAAAAAAAAAAAA